AUGUCGAGCAUUCGCAACGACCCUUCUGCCGGAGCAAGAACCGCGCUGCCUCCUGGUACCUUCAGAUUGAUUCGGGAUGGUGGAGGGGAAUUGUAUGGCAAGAAAGUAGUCAUGCUUGACCCAGUGCCGACAAAUGACCCGAAUGAGCCCUUAAACUGGAGCACCUUACGGAAGUCGGUCAACUUCACCAUCGUCAUGGGUAUGAGCAUUAUCAUCUUUACUGCUCUUUCCAUCCAGCAGAUCUUCUGGCAACAGAUGACUGUCGAUCUUCAUGUUACCUACAGCCAGCUCACGCAGUCAAUGUCUGUCAACUUCGUAGGGCUAGCCAUGGGCUGCGUGCUGUUCAUCCCAUUUGCAAAAAAGUACGGCCGGAGACCUGUCUAUAUCGUUUCCACGGCUUUGAUGCUGGUGACCACUUUCUGGACGACGAGGCUCACAAGCUUAGCUGAGCUCUACAUUUGCAAUAUACUACAAGGUCUAGCGGGCGCAACAAACGAGACCAUUGUCGAAAUCACAAUUGCAGAUUUAUUUUUUGUACACCAUCGAGGCACCACAAACGCUAUCUACAUGACCAUGGUUAUGAUCGGGAGCUUUCUUACACCCAUGGCAGCGGGCGCCCAGGCCACAAGCCAAGGAUGGCGCUGGUCUUACAAGACAAUGGGGAUUUUCAAUGCGAUAUUUCUGGUCUUGUUUGCAAUUUUCUACGAAGAGACCAAAUUUGUUCCUGUCAUUUCAGGGCGCGAAGGUAUUACUCCCGCCACAGACGAUAACAUCCCCAUAUCCAAAGACGACGACAUCAAAGACCCAGUCCAGAGCCAGACCAAUAUUACCACAGACAUCGAACCCAGCAGGUUCUACCACGAAAUUGACCUAACGAUCCCAAUGAACUCAUGGCGCAAACGCCUCGCCCUGUUGACUCCAACCCCGGAACCGAUCUGGCCGUACUAUUACCGCCCCUUCGAUGUCCUUAUAACUUUUCCCGCAGUCAUGUUCACUGCCCUUCAAUACGCAGCCGGCGUAGUCUGGCUCACGAUCACAGCCAGUGUGCUUUCUCUCGUAUUUCCCCUUCCCCCAUAUAACUUCACACCUGAACAAAUUGGAUUUAUGAGCGUUGGCCCGUUCAUUGGAAAUUUGAUCGGGUCAGUUUACGGUGGUGUGCUUGGCGACUGGUCGAUCCAGUUCUUUUCGAGACGCAACAAAGGCUUUUAUGAGCCAGAGAUGCGUCUGUAUAUUCUUCAUCUCCCAGCUUUAAUUAUGGCGGGUGGGUUAAUUAUGUUUGGAGCCACCAUCCAAAGGGGAAUGCAUUGGAUGUAUCCCAGUGUGGGUGGUGCGAUGUUUGGGUUCGGCCUAGGAGCUAUCAGUGAUGCCGUUUUAACCCUGGUAAUUGAUAGCUAUCGUGAUAUUACUGGCGACGCAUUCACGGGAAUUUCAUUUGUCCGAAAUGCUGUGAGCAUUGGUAUUCCAUUCGCCAUUAAUCCAUGGAUGGAGAGGGAUGGCAUUCAGAACAUGUUCAUUGCGAGCGGAUUCAUCAGCCUGGCUAUUACGGGUCUGAUCAUUCCGAUGGUUAUUUGGGGUAAAGACUCUCGGCGGAAGCUGGCCACGAAAUAUCACAGCCUCGUUGACGCGCAGGGACAUACUGUCUCGUCCCGAGAACAGCUGAGUUGA